AUGUCACACCAAUCAAUUGAUAAAGAAUUUAAAAAACCAAAUAAUCACCAAAAAAUAAUCCCAGAUGAAAAAACUCCAAACACAAAACAAGAAAAAAGAGAGGCUUAUAAACUAUUAAAAAAUAAAAAGCCAAAGGAUAAGAAAAUAACCUACCAAUCAAAAAUGAAUAAUCCUGAAAUUCAUAGAUAUGAUUAUAUUUAA